AGACGAGACGAGACCGUUUGCGUUCACUAUUUUAGUUCCCACUUCCACUUCGACAAGCCCCAAACACCAACCUUUUCUUCUCGUUUUAUUAUCAUAAUUAUUGUUCUUGUUGUUUUUGAAUCAUUCCCAUUUCCCAGUCUUUCUUUAUGGAAGAAGUUCCCGACACGGCGGCGAACCGGUCCGAUCCGGGGUUCAGGGCGGAGAUCGACACUUCGGCGCCGUUCGAAUCGGUGAGGGAAGCCGUCACGCGAUUCGGCGGCGUUGGGUAUUGGAAACCCAUUCUGAACGGUCUUAGUAACAAGCAUUUUGCUGCUCCUGAGCCGCAUCACGCAGAAGAGCUUGACCCUGAAAAACUGGAGGAGCAAGCUGCUGUAUUGGAGAAAGACCUGAUCCUGAAAGAAAGGGAAACACUUGAUGUCUUAAAAGAGUUGGAAAGUACCAAAAGGCUUGUGGAGAAUUUGAAAUCAAAGGUACAAAAAGAAGAAUCUGAAGCAAAUUUGAAUUUUCAGACGAGUGUGUGCGAAAAUAUAUCGUCUGUUAAGGAGGAUGAGAGAGAAGAUAAGGAAAACCGAGUGAGUAAUGUUGUUCAGAAUUCGAAGGAAGGUUGUGUCCCCUAUCCUUCAUCAUCCCCAGGGUUAAUAUUAAUGGAAUUGAAGCAAGCAAAAUUCAAUCUGAACAGAACUACAAGUGAUAUUGCUGAUGUUCGAGCUUCUGUUGAAUCUCUCAAUAAGAAGUUAGAGAAAGAAAGACUAUCACUUGAGAAGACUCGCGAGAGGUUAACUCAGAACUCUUCAAAGAUAUGUUCUCUUGAGGAAGAACUAAACCAGACAAAACUAAAACUGCUAGUGGCAAAAGAUGCCGGUUCGGAUAACCAUUCAGAUAUAACAAGAGAACUUCAGCGACUGAGUUUUGAGGCAGAGCAUUUCAAGAACAUGGGAGAAGCUGCAAAAUCAGAAGUCAUGAAAGAAAUGUCAGAGAUUGAACAGACAAAAGCUAUGAUAAAAACUGCUGAAAUCAGGUUGAUUGCUGCCCAAAAAAUGAAGGAAGCGGCUAGAGCAGCCGAAGCUGCUGCCCUUGCAGAAAUCAAAGCUUUAUCAUCUCAUCAUGAGAAUUCACCUGGAGAUUGUGUGGAAAAGCAUGAUGGAGUUACCCUUUCCUUUGAAGAGUAUACUGCUCUAACCUGCAAGGUGCGAGAGGCCAAGGAACAAUCGAAGAAGAGAGUUGUAGAUGCUAUGCAUCUAGUUGAUGAAGCAAAUGUAUCUAAAAUGGACAUUUUGAGAAAGGUAGAGGAAGCCACAGAAGAAGUUAAAACCAGCAAGAAGGCCCUUGAGGAAGCUCUUGAAAGGGUAGAGGCUGCGAAUCAAGGAAAGCUAGCAGUUGAAGAGGCAUUAAGGAAGUGGCGGUCGGAGGGUCACAAACGGCGGUCCUCCAUACUUAACUCUACCAAGUUUAAAAAUGCUUACCCUUCUCACCAUCGGAAGGAUUCUCGGUUACUCGAUGUCAAUGGGUUGAAUCUGGUAAAUGAUGAGGCCAAGCCAGUUCUAAAGCCGGCACUGUCCAUAGGAAAAAUAUUGAGCAGGAAGUUGAUGAUGCCGGAAGAGUAUGAAGCCAGCGAGAUGCAUAGAGAAAGAAGCUCAGAGAGACGGAAGGUGUCUCUUGGCCAGAUGCUAGGCAAACAAAUAGCGGAUCCAUCCUUUGACAGGCAAGCUGAGAAGGAAAAUGGUCAGAAGCCGUUUUCUGCAAAGAGAAAGAAAUUUGGAUUUGGCCGAUUCUCCCUUCUAUUGACAAAACAACAAAAGAAGAAGAAGCCAACACUGAACUUGAGGUGAAUAAUGGCUUGCUGUUGUGCUGACUAAACAAUGAGAUUAUAUUGCAUCUUUUUAUCUGUUCUCAUCUCAUCCUCUUACUGUGCUCGACUAAAUUUCUUGUUUGUUGUUUAAUUUACCUUGCUUGUAUAUUAACUAAAGUUUGUUCGUCACUUGUGACUUGUCAUGCUACUUGUAGGAGGUGAUUUAUGUGAAUUUGACUCUUGUAAGCUGAUGUUAUAAUUCUCAUAUGCAUGAGGUUGUUCUAUUCUUUCAAUGUUUAUACAUAUAUUGGCACGUUGGCUUUACCUUA